AUGGAUGUUCUAAAGCAACUUCAUGCCUCUGUGGCCCAGAACUUCGAGAAAUCCUUCGAUAAUGCAUAUAACGAUUUGGGUGCUGUGCUUACCAUUUAUGACAGAAAAGUUGCUGCGACAGAAGAGAAACUCAGGGUUACAGAGUCUGCCCAACUUAAAGCCGCGGCCGAGAUCGAGAGGUUGAAUGUUGAGAUUACCCAUUUGCGAGAAGUGAUAAAUCGUAAUGACAUUAGCUUAGAUGAUGCUGAAGUCUCUGUGAGCGAAUCUCAAUUGGAGGCAGCAUACGCGCCGCAGCGUAUUUUGAGUUUAUGUGACGACAACAAUCUCUUGUCGUGGGAACAUGGUACGAAAGAGAUGAGAAUUGUCAAUGGAAAAUAUACCGCCUUAUAUGGAGAUGCACAAACGCUUGUAAAGGCCUGUAAGGGUCUCAGACAACAGAUCAAGCGGCAUAAGAGAAAGCUGGAACACUGGGGCAAAUGCCUCGAGCGAGAUGAGUUUACAUUGAUGCUAAAUGGCGUCGAUGUCAAAUUUCGACGUGUGAAGAACAUUGCAGACGACGACCAGGAUGGCUCUCCAACAGCAGAAUCGAUACCUGCAAAUGGCAUGCUAGUGCCGUCUGGUCCUCCUUUGGAGAACGAAGAUAUCGAUACAUCGGUGAGGCGGAGACACCGGGGAUUGAAGAGGAAACGCGGGGUUCUAUCCGAAUCUGGGGUAUUGGCCCAUCAUAGUGGCUUGGGGGAAAGGGAAUUGAAACCACCCAUUGCUAUAAAAAGCAAAAGCAUGUCCUUUAGUCCCGUGCGAAACGUUUGCCAGCAUAUUGAAACAAUUGAAACCCAAGAUUUGGAUGAAGUUGGCAACACUGUCGAGACACCGACAAAAGAAAUGGUCAUCGAAACUGACCCUUUGGCCAUUAUUCAUUCGCCAUCCGUCCAAAAAUCAACGCCUCAGGACAAUUACCGACUCGCAUCAGGCCACAGGCUUCUUAAUGGAUCCACAGCACUCCAAUCAGUGGAUGAAAAUGCCAGCCUUCAUCAUGGUUCUGGUCAAUGUUCAGAAAAGAAGCCAGAUGUAGUCCCAAGGGCAGCCAGCCAUGCUAUAUCGUGCAUAGCAGAGGAUGGUGAGCAGGUGUGUCCCAUAUCACAUGCAGGAAGGACACCGCGGAACGCUGAUUUCAGCUACCUAUCAGCAACUUCAAGUUCCAAAGGUGUAUCACACCGUUUGCAGGACUUGUUAGAGAAACCGCUGCCGCCUAGGUCACUGUUGCAGUCACCGAAGGGCAACGGUAACGUGAAGGAUACAAGAAGGCACAACCAGCACGAAUUUCGAGCUGAUCACGAAGCAUCUGGAAAUAACACUCGUUUACCUACUGAUACAACGGCAGUAUUGGAUUCUUCACAAGCUAACAAGCAGCCGACUAAUGUCCACCUCUCCGAGCGAGCUAAAUCUAAUUCCAUCGAAAUGCAUCCAGAGGAUGAAUCUUACCGAUCUCUGCCACUGCACCGGCUCGAGCUUAGUCAUUUCAGGAUAAACCCUGACUAUAACGAAGGACUCGGGUUUGCAUUUGACACUGUUAUCCGCAAGAAAAAAGAACGCAAGUGCAUCAGGGGAUGCACGCGCCCUGAUUGCUGUGGAGACAAAUUCUUAGCCAUGGCACGCCUUGCUGGUCUACGAACCGACCCUACAGUCUCUUGUCAAGAAGAUGACCAGAAAAUCCUAGAAGACUACUUGGGAGAAGAUAAAUAUUUGCUUGAUGAACUUGGUGAAAUGGACCGUCAGAGGCUCCUUGAUGAGGCAAAAGCAAGGCUGAUCGCCGAUUGUUUUGGGAAACACAGAAAUCAUCAUCAACGUGCGGCUACACCGCCAGGGUUUUGGCGCACGGAUAUGCCUGAUACACAAGAACUAGAUGUUGAUCUACAUUCUUCCGUACAACUCCUUUCGCUGUAUCAUGAUUCCCUUGUUUCUCGAGUCAUCUCUAGACUUCCAUCGACCAUCUCUCGACCGGCGCCCACACCGCAUUCCCGGUAUACAAAGUACUGGACGGCCCACUCCUCACUUUACCGUAAGGUCGCUAUCACUCUUCAAAUGGUUCAGUACACAGAACUACUCUGGGAAAUGAUCGCGCGGCGUCGAGGUGAAAAAGUUCGCUGGCGAGUCGUUAUUCUCAUCGAAGCUAUCAAGGCAAUAUGUCGUUUGUUUCUGCUACAUCUCACAAACUCGAGACCGCUAGUCAGCCCUCCCUUACCAGAGCGCGACGUCGACCCGAGAUCUGCAGAAGAAGAGGAACGCGAUUGGAACGGGAUGCAAACACCAGUAAGCGAGCGGUCUUCAGACCUGAGCUGGACUAUGCCUCGUACGGGAUUAUCGCUUCCUUGCCUUCCGGAUGUGAACGACGUCUCAAAUUUUUUAAUAUCGAAGGUGCUCACUGCUGAUGACAUCAAGCCGCCCAAGGCCCUUUUGCACCGAGUCACAGGUCAAGGUCAGCUGGCAGAAAUAUUGUACAUUUUGCGGCCUGUAGCCUAUGCACUAGCGAUGCAAAAAUGGAAUGGCAACAAACGAAGUUGGAGGCCUUGGCUCAUUGGGUUUGGUAUGGAAUACGGCUGUCGACAACUUGCCAAAACCGAUUUUAGGGAAAGACUUGCUGGUGGCCUCCGGGGACUAACAGGCUUGGAGCGCGAGGAAUUGAGAAAGAGAGGAUGGGCUAUGGGGUGGUGGCUCAUGAGGGGCGCUCUUUAUGAAAACUUGACCAAACCAUGGUUGAAAGGGUUAACCAGGAAGAUGAAAGGUAAACCACUGCUUGACUUGGUAGGCAGUGUGGUCGAAGAUUACGAAUACCUGUGGGACAAUUACUACUUUUCAACAGCAACUUUAUGA